GGCGCGCGCGCUGCGGCCGGUUUUCCCCCCCGAGCCGCCUGCGGGUUUCCUCGGUGCCCCGGCCUCGCUAGCUCCGCCCGCUCGCCGCGUGCUCCCGCCUCCCUCUCGGAAUGCCUGUCUGGGGCGGUGGAAAUAAGUGCGGGGCCUGCGCGAGGACCGUGUACCACGCCGAGGAGGUGCAGUGUGAUGGGCGGAGCUUCCACCGCUGCUGCUUCCUGUGCAUGGUCUGCAGGAAAAACCUAGACAGCACCACCGUGACAAUUCACGAUGAAGAGAUCUACUGCAAAUCUUGCUAUGGGAAAAAGUACGGACCAAAAGGCUACGGCUACGGCCAGGGUGCCGGCACGCUCAACAUGGACCGCGGUGAGAGGCUGGGCAUCAAGCCAGAGAGCGCUCAGCCUCACAGGCCUACAACAAACCCAAACACUUCUAAAUUUGCCCAGAAAUAUGGAGGUGCUGAGAAGUGUUCCAGGUGUGGGGAUUCUGUCUAUGCCGCCGAGAAGAUAAUCGGAGCUGGAAAGCCCUGGCACAAAAACUGCUUCCGAUGUGCCAAGUGUGGGAAGAGCCUUGAAUCGACAACUCUGACUGAGAAAGAAGGUGAAAUCUAUUGCAAAGGGUGCUAUGCAAAGAACUUUGGGCCCAAGGGAUUUGGCUACGGUCAAGGAGCAGGGGCCCUUGUUCAUGCACAGUGAUGGUGUGAACCCAGAACGAGGCACCGCACCCAGAAUCUUCACUACCAAGCACAGGUGGCCUUCCAGCACCCACUACUGGUGAAACUCGACCAGUACACGGCGGCACUGUGCACCACACCCCUACCUGCGCAGGCGGGCUGGACGAGACAGCACUCUGCUCGCUCGCUCAUUCACUAGCAUUUAAGAGCAUCUCUCUUACAUCUGAAAUAAAGUUUCGGCUUGAUCUGGG